AUGUUUCGAAACACCACAAUCAACACUGUUGUAUCAACACUCUCUCAUCAACACCGAACACACUCGUUACGACUCUCUCAGAUAGAUACAACAAGACACUAUUCCACUUGCUUCAUCCCUCAUAAGGAGCAGGAUACAAAACACCACACGGUCGACCAUGAAAAAAGCAAACCCGUUCUUAUUACUGCUGCACUGACCGGAGAUGUUCCAUCAAAAAACAGACACAUGAAAGUUCCCAUCACGCCCGAUGAAAUUGUACAAGAUACUUGUGAGGUGUUUGAGUCUGGAGCUCGAAUGAUUCAUGUUCAUGUCCGAGAUGAUGAAGGAAAACCAACCUACAAGUAUGAAUAUUAUCAAAGAGUCUUGGAAGGAGUUCGAAAACAUUGUCCAGACAUGAUCAUACAAUUUAGCACUGGUAAUUAUGCACCCAAUGUUGAAGAACGGGUAAAAUGUUUUCAAUUAGAGCAAAAACCUGAGAUGGGCAGUUGGACACCUGGAUCAACAAAUUUUUUACCUGCACGAAAAGGAAGUGAUAUUUAUUGGAAUACCAAUGAAGAUGUUGAAGAAAUACUUAAAGUCAUGAAAGAAAAUGGAAUUCGACCAGAUGUCGCAAUAUUUGACGCUUCCAUGCUUUAUAGAACUCACAUGUUAAUGAAAUUGGGUUGGAUUACACCUCCUAUUCGCUUAAUGUUUGUUUUUGGUGGUUAUAUGGCUCUACCACCAAGAGAAUCUUUAAUCAAAUUUCUUGUCUCUGAAUGUGAUGAAUUAUUUGGACACGAAAAUUACACUUGGUGUGGAGUUGGAGUGGGAUGGAAUCAUUCACAACUACAACGAAUGACAUUACUCAAUGGAGGUCAUCCAAGAACUGGUUUUGAAGAUUCAUUUCUUAUUAAGAGAAGAGUGAUUGCAAAAAGUAACAAACAAUUGGUUCAGCAUUUAGCUGAAAUUUGUCAAGAAUUUGAACGACCAAUUGCAACACCACAACAAGCACGUGAAAUUCUUGGAUUGAAUGUUGCUAUUGAUACAAGCACUGAGGGAUUGGUGUUACCUACCAAGUCGAGCAGUGUUUUUGGUUGGUCACAAGAAAAUUCAAAUGAUCUCUAUGUGAGGAACGAAAAAGACAGUCCAAACAAAUAUGUAAUGUAA